AUGCUACUCCACAGACUCGCAUCAACUUCUGCUCCUAAACUCCUAUACUCUACUUCUAUCAGGAAUCAAAUUCUCUACAUGAAUUCUCGCGCAAUGUCCAACCUGAAAUCUCUAGAACUCAACGGCAAACAAUGCAAAACAUACGCCAUCUGGGAUCCCAAAUCAAAAGAAGCUCUUCUCUUGGAUCCAUUAAAAGAAUCUACACCUUUACUUCUCUCCUUCUUGGCCUACCACGGUCUCAAGCUCAACUAUGUCGUCGACACACACUCCCAUGCUGAUCAUAUCACGGCUUGCUUCAAACUCAAGACUCUGACUGGUGCUAAAUACACCAUGAGUCAGAAUGCUCCUGCUCCUGGAAUCGAUCUUCAUGUUGUUGAUGGUGAUAAAUUGAAGCUGGGUGAUGAGGUCGUGCAGGUUAUUGCUACUCCUGGACACACUCAAGACUGUAUCUCUCUCUACACUGGCUCUGAAGUCUUCUCUGGUGACGCCCUAUUCGUUGGCGGUUGCGGUCGCACGGAUUUUGCGGGAGGUGACCCUUCUCAGGCAUACGAUUCCAUCAUGAAACUCUUUGCCUUGCCAGACGACACUAUUCUCUUCCCCGGACACGAUUAUAGAUUCAACACUCAGUCCACUAUUGGUAUUGAGAAGAAGACCAAUCCUCGUGCAGGUGCUGGAAAAACGCGUGAACAGUUUGUGGAGAUUAUGAACAAUCUUAAUCUCCCACUUCCCGACAAGAUCAUGGAAGCGCUUCAAAUGAACACUUCUGCUCUGGAAGACAACCAAAUCAACCUGCCAACGUACCCACAACUAGCGGCAGUAAGGCAGCUCGCACCGCAAGAGCUCAAAGCUUUGAUUACGGCGCCAGGAGGUGACAAACCGCUCGUCAUUGACGUUCGUGAAACAUCUGAAUUCAUGUCUUCAGGAGAAGAAGCAGCCGUACCUGGCUCAAUAAACAUCCCAGUCAAGCAGCUCGCAUCUCGUAUCAGUGAGAUCGAAAAUCGUAAAAGGGAUUUGAUUGUCUGUGUCUGCCGGGUCGGGAUGCGAUCAUCAACUGCAUCGUCAAUCCUCAUUGGCAUGCAUUUUGAAAAUGUAUGUUCUCUGAAAGGUGGCGUGUUGAACUACAACAAAAGCAUGUAG